UAGUGGUCGAAAGGAACCCUUGUAUGUCUGGAAAAGCCCUUAAACCUACAUUAAGUGGAACAAGGAACAAAACCCGCAAGCGAGACGAAAAGGAGAGGUACGAACCGCAGGUAUUCCGAGACGCGAUAAUAGCAGGACUUGAAGAUGUAGGAAACAACCACGAUCAACUACUCAAAUAUCUCUGUGACACCGCCACCGGCAAACUUGACGUGAAAAGGUAUGGAGAAACUUUACUGGACGUCUUGUUUGUUGGAGGGAUCAUCUCUGCAGGUGGUGCCAUAGAGGGUAACAUUAGAACCAACAUUUGCUUAAUACGUCAGGAGCCGGAUGAUAUCAAGUCCUUCACCAACAUCUUUAUCCAGUUCAUAAGGAGAUAUAAGUGGCUGCAAAAUCGUCUGGGAGAGGAAAUUAGGAAGAUAAUAAUGGUGAUGAGAGUAUGUUUGAGCGAUGAAGAGCGGUGUCUACUCGGCAGUGCUACUGCCCUUCUCCUCAUCGAGGGCAUUAUUCCCCCAACACUUCUCUCUGGACUUACCCAGGACCAUCUUCUCAAGGAUGAGGUAAGUGUUAUGUACGCAACAAGUCUGUUCAGGACAUGGCUCCAGGAGAGGGACAUGGCUUCUUUAACUUCUACUCUCAAGAAAGCCUCUCUAGACCCCUCCCUCCAGGACAUAUUCCCAAUCGGUCCCAAAAGAAGUCUGGACCACAUAGAGAGUUAUUUCAAGGAACAGGGACUGAAUGAGAUGGUCCAACAUGUGCGUUCACAAAGAGCGAAUAACAACCGGAAAGUGUUUGUUUCCCGGAUCAAAUUGUUCGUGAAUGACGACGAAUACAAUACUUCAGAGUUGUCAGUGUACAUCAAAGAAGCAACAGAUCAAGGAAAGGUGACCCAACCGUAUGCAAUGCAAACUCUAUUCUCAGCCAUUGCCAACUCAGGAGAUUGGGCUGGAUCCGACUCAAUUCCUGACGAUUUUUACAAGGAACUCAAGCAAUACAGCGCGCUAUUCAAGGAAAUUGCCAAGACACACAAAUUACAAAUAGACUUCAUGAACAAAAUACAAGAGUUCUGUUACGACAACAUCAACUUUCUCAAAACAUUCCACAAAGUUAUAUUCAUGCUUUAUAACGGCAACGUGCUGGAGGAAGAUGCAAUAGUAGAUUGGUACAAAAGUUCACACAGCACUAAGGGCCAAACAGAAUUCCUCUCUCAGAUGGAGAAAAUGGUCAACUGGCUUGAAAAUGCCGAGGAAGAGGAGGACUCCGACGAGGAUGAGGAGUAGACCUCUCCAAGUUUCUAGAACUCUUCCGAACUUUCUAGAAGAUUCCAGCCCUCUCCGGGAACGAACAACCUCACCCUCCUCCUUCCUUUCUAGGCUACGAUUUGAGAGAAAAUUAUUUCAAGUGUAAUGGAAAAGGGGUUAUUUAUUUGUAGUUUUUUUGGGCAGUAAUAUAGAAAUGUAUAGUGUUGCUGUCCGCAUCAUUAAAACAUUGAUAAUGCAAAGUUUUAACUUAGUAUUGAUAAUUUAGUGCCGCAAUUCCGGGAUUUUACAUUGUAUGUUUCUAAAUUUUAAAGAGUUGUCACAAUAUUUCUUGAAUUGAGAUUUUAUGAAGAACAGUAAGAUCAUGUUUUUUUUGCAGGUAUUUAUUCAAAAAAUUUGUAAAUAUGGUAGCAACACACCCUGGUAUGCUCUCACGAAGGUUUAUCCUACACACAUACUUUGAGAGGUCUCUAUAAUCUAGAUAAAAUACUUUGUGAAAUGUUUCUAACUCUUUAGCAAACCUACUACGGAUAUAACCGCUAGGAGUGGUUCAUUGGAUAACAGCCAAUUUUUACGAUAUACGUGUAUGAUGUGCUAUUUGAAUUUAAUUCGAAAUUUUAGGUUGAUUUUAUUGUGGUUCGUUCCCCGUUUAACUUAAGCUUAUAUUUUAUUUUCCGGUAUGAAAGCAGCAGCAAAGAUUGAUAUAACCUAUGCUAUGGUUCUAAUAUGAUUUUGUAUUUUGCUGGAGUAA